GAUGAACCGUCACUCCUUCCUGCCUCACUGGAACUACAUCCCCCAUGAUGCCUCAGGGCGGGACCAGGAGAGAGGACACCUGGAGCUGAUUGGCUCUCCUGACCUGCUGGGACCCAAAGCUGAGCUGGGAUUGGCUGCUGGACUGAGAGGGGCGGGGCCUGAUGGCGGGGCGGGGCCUGAUGGAGCGCUGAGCGUCAGAGAAGCUGCAGGUGUUCUGAGGAACAGGGUCAGAGGUCAGCGGGUGUCAGUGUGGGGUCAGGUGGGCUCGGUGCACCCCCUGCUGGAGGUUUCAGGAAGCUGCUUCUUCUUCUUCUGUCUGGACGACCAACAGCAGACGGUUCCGGUUCUGGUGAAGGGCAGCAGGCUGUGGUGGGCCCAGUGUGUGUGUGUUGGUGUCACAGUGUGUGUUACGGCUCUCAGAGUGUGUGUCCUCAGAGGAUGGAGAGGAAACAGCGUGCUGUGUGUGACCGACCGUUCAGAGAUACACACUGGAUACACACCAGGACACACACACUCUGAGGCUACACACACACAGGAACACACACACCCAGAGGACCCGCAGCCCCUCCCCCUCUCUGUUACUGGCCCCGCCCACUCUGACCAGCUGCAGAAGGACCAGGAGGAGGCGGAGCCUGAGGAGCUUCCUGUCCAAUCAGGAGGGAGAAUCAAACGCUCCAGAGUCAUCAGCUACCAGGGCACAGUGACGGAGGUGGUGAGUGAGGGGGCGGGGCUUUACCUGCUGGACAGGAAGGUGGGGCUUUGCCUGGCCUAUCAGCCGCCAGCCAGGAGGAAACUGAGACCCGGAGACCAGGUGGAGCUGCAUCAGGUCCACUUCCUGUUCCGGCCGAGCCCUGACUUCCCUCCCAGCAUGCUUUGCUGCUGCCUUGGCUCCUCCCUCAGGGUGUCGGCCUUCAGCCGGGUGGGGGGAGCCUCCAGAGAGCCCGGUUGCCCUGGAGAUGGAGUAUUGCCACGGUUACUGCUGCAGAGCAACAGAGGAGUGGACCAGUACCUUUGGACCUACAGCCUGGCCUCCCAGCUGGUCCACAGUCUGGUCCCCAGCGAGCCCCCCUGUCCUCCUCUUCAUCCUCCUCUUCCUCACUGCGUCUGUCUCCUGUCCUGGAAACUAUCAGAGACUCUGUGGACACAGAGAGGACAGAGAGACAUUUACUCUGAGAUGUUGGACAGGCCUCACCGCUGUCCUCUGGACCAGUACCAGGUGGACCCGUUUGUCCCUCAGCUCCUCAGUGUCUCAGAUGUCCUCCAGUCCCUGCGGUUGUCCUGCUGGUCCUCUCUGCUGCCCCCUGGUGUCCUCAGCUCGUCUCAGGUCAACUCCGGUCUCUCCUGGUCCUGCAGUACGCUGACCUCUGACCCCAGGACAGGAGACAGUCUCAGGCCCCGCCCCCUACUGCUGGUCGGCGUCCUCCAGCUCCCCUCUGAAAGGUCAGAGUUCACACAGAGCCUGGAGCUCAGAGACGCUACAGCAGCUGUGAGCUGCGUCGUCACGGAAACCACAGAGGAGGAGAAUGGAGGUCAGAGGUCGGCCUUCAACACCGCCUGGAUCGGCAGCCUGGUGUGUGUGCGGAGCUUCACCAUGGUAACGGAGCGGUUCCUCCAAUCAGAGUUCCCAUCUUGCCGACACCUGGACCAGAACGGCUUCAUCUCCAACAGAACCAGCAGAGUUUACCUGCAGUUCUCUCUUGAUGACCUCAUCAUCCUGAGCCCCUCUGUUACCAUGGCAACACACCUGAGGAUGAGGGGGGCGGAGCCAGGAAGUGAAGACCUCCACAGGAACCAGAGGGAGGAAGAGGAGGGUGAUGAUGAAGGCUCAUGUCUGAAGAAAAGGCGAUGUGAUGAAGAGCUCUCCUCCUCUGUUGCCAUGGUAACAGCUCAUGAGGGCGGGGAGCCCCCCCGUCCUUGUGUCUCCAUGGUGAUUAGGGUGGAGUCUAAAGGAGGCGUGGCCUGGAGGAACGCAGUGAUUAGUGGCAGUGAUGAGGGGGCGGGGCUUCAGCUGGGCUUCUCUGCUACGGCUUUGCUGAUUGGUCCAGUGGUCAGCUGGGGGCGGGACCCGAAAAACCAGCCAAUGACGGAGAAGGAGGCGGAGCCAGAGAGGGAGGAGAAGGUGCUGCUGCAGUUCUCAGGUGUUUCCUCUCGAUGGUUUCCUCUCCUCCAGCCUGGAUCCAUCUACAGACUCACAGCACCAAACACUCAGGAUUCCAGCGUUCUGAUUGGUUGCAGCGAUGCUGGGCAGAAGGGGGUGGAGCUUCAUGCUGACUCCUCCCUCCAGGUGCGACCUGAUUGGAGGAUCCACACUCUGACCCGACCCCUGCUGCUGCCGCACACCUGGACUCAGGUAACCUGGUUCUGGUUCUGGUCAGACCCGGCUCCAGGGGAGUGUAUCUGGGGGCAGUGGCUGAUGUUGAGGGGGAAGAGAUGGCAUUAAACUGACUUUAAUUUAAUAUAAAUAGAUUUUUAAAAGUUUAAAAAGAUUAUUAUUUAUGUUAGAACAUAAUGAAAGUUUUUAUUUUCAUC